UACAGGCUGCUAAAGCCGACGAUCAAAAACGUUUUAGUGUUUCUUGAGCUACAGCAAGUAUUCAACGUCAGUAAAACAUUAACAAUAUGAUUAGUCAUUUUAGUGUGAUUCUAUUGUGUCUUUCCGGCGCCUAUUGCAUAUUGUCAAAGAUCGAAAGAUUAGAUUUGGAAGGACUAAAACGAGUUUUGACCGGUGAAACCCCCAUUGAAGAAUGGGCCACAGCAAUGAGCGAAAGUGUAACUUACAAAGGUCCCGACGGCGUAGAAAGCACCUUUAUCGUUAGGAACGCUGUGCGCGACUUUAAGCAAAAUGUUGACAACAGUUCUGAGGCGGAAUUUCUAAAGAUCCGCGACAUAAUCAAAUUGGCUUAUCAAUGCACAUUAUCGAAAUACGCGAGCUUCACCACAUUUUUGAUUGUUCAGGAAUUGUUGGAGUUCAAACGCUACACUUGGGGAGCCAUACAAAAAGCGAAACUACAAGACCCGCAUCUCGAUACCGAUGCAGUAUUUAAAAAUGAAAUAUUUAAAAAAUGGCAAUUAUUUCUUAAUUUCGGGAGAUAUUACUUGGACCUUGAUUUUAAAUUUAAUGGCAGCUUUCAAUUUUUUAACCACCACAUAUUUAAUGAACCAGCAAAACAGAAUAUCCACCUUUUUUGGGAUGAAAUCAUUCAAAAGAUGAUCGGCUUAAAAAUCAAGUACAAAGUCUAUUCCGAAGUGAUGAGCACGAAGUUCUGGAAAGACGAAUUUUACCUACCGAUUAACUACACUCUCAAAAAACUCAUUUGUGUUCUCAAUGAGGCUGUCCGAUUGUUCGACAAUUUUAUCGUGAACAAGUGCGCACCGGAAGGCGACAGUUUUCUAAAUAAAUUCAAAUCGUUAACAAGAGGAUUCGUCCACGUCCCUAUCCCUGCAGUUUUAAAGCAUUUUGAUACAUUGCAAGGCGAGGAUCGAAAGGUGUUGAUUAGUGAUAUUACAAAAUCAAUACCGGAAACACCGUCAGCACUUGCCGCAAUAGAGGAGUCGGGUUGCUUCGUAGAGGAUGCGGAAUUCGAGAUUUCUGGUAUAACAACGGUGUUGUCAAAUGAUAGAAGCCCAGCAGACAUUUACGGCACCAACUUCAACGCACACACAUCCGUAUUUAAAACGAAAGUUACACAAACCAUCCAUAGCCAGCCGCUACCAUAUGAGAACAGGAACAUACAAAUAGCCAUGCUGCAGAUUCGCGAUGAAGACAAUUUGAACGACUUUGUACGUGAAUACAGAACCGACCCUUCAAGACCAACACGAUAAAAGUGGGAUCUGAUAUCAAAAACAUACAUUUACACAUCUAAAAUAAUAAUAACAUAUAUAAUCCAAUGCUAAAAUUUAUUACAGUAACUAUUGUACAAUAAACUAACUAUGCGAAUUAUGAGAUUUUGUUAAUG